AUGCAUCACUUGAUUCUCAUCUCGAUUCUUGUUUUGUUCAACACUUUUAUUUUGCAUCCAAUUGAAGGAGAAAUGCAUUCGUUGAGCCUUGAUCUAAUUCAUCAUGAUUCAAAGCUAUCUCCGUUUUAUAACCAAUCCAUGUCCGAGUCAGAAGUUUCAUCAAAAGCCGCUAUGCGUUCCCUCAAUCACUUCAAUUCAUCUAUGUCUAUUGAUGCAAAAUUUGUUAUAUCCGAUUUAUCUGUCGGUGACUAUUUCAUGAGCUUCGCUAUAAGUGACACCACGGAACGACUUGUUAUACCAGAUAUGACAAAUCAACCCAGCAGCAAUGGAUUCUCAUCCUCUGGAGUGUUGGCUACUGAGAAAUUCUACUUUAAACUCCUUGACAACAAAGAUAGACAGUUUCCCGGUAUAGCGUUUGGAUGCGAUGACGCACAUAAAGGUAAAUUUAAAGAAGGUGUUCAAGGUGUCGUUGGUCUUGGACAAGGGGAAUUAUCAAUGGUUUCUCAACUGGGGAAAAAAGUUGGUAAGAAAUUCUCCUACUGCUUGCUUAAGAAGUCCGAAUAUUGUACUCCUAGUAAGAUUAAAUUCGGAGAGGAAUUAAAAUUGUACAACACCGACGUAGAAUAUAAAGCUAAACUCACUUACAGUCAUCCCCAUCCCCACUACUACCCCAACCUUAAAACCAUUAGCGUUAAUAAUGAGAAGAUAGAGAUACAGAGAUCAAUGGAUCAUCAAAUGGUAGUCGAUAUUCAAACGUCCCUAACAUCGUUGCAUCCAAUUGUACAUGGUAAAGUGAUAGCCAAGUUUGUAGAACAAGCCGGUGGCAUAUCGGCAACCGAAUAUAAGAAUGGCGGCGUUGCUUGCUUCCUCAAAAGUGAGAUCCCAAAGAAUAUGGAUCGUCUCCCAAAGAUUGUAUUUCAUUUCGCAACGGCACACAAAGCUUCAUUUGCAGAUUUUCAUGUCAAUCCUACAACAUUGCUUGAGCCUUGUGGUGACUACUGA